CUUACAGUCGACUGGGAAAGGUGUACAGAGGCCCAUACAGAGGAUGACUGGCACUAUCCUUACUGGACUCGCCCAGUUCUUACUGGAAUUACGCAGUUCACUUCCUCACCCAAGGAAAGGAACCGGAAGGACUGCUUUGGGCACCUCUGCUGAAUGUCUCAAGUUACAUGGAACAAAUCUAGAUAUUACUCUCUUUGUUGCCAAAAUAAGCUAAUCUUUUCACAUACGCUGCCACGUUUGUUUGUUUUUUUUCAUGUUACUCUGUUAGGUAUAUUAAUGUUCUGGAGGGAUCAAAUCUUUUAAAGAUAGUGUGCCAGGUUGUAUUUUUAUUUCCAAAAUUAGAGGUUAAGCAUGCCAGUAGAAACUCGGGAGGAGCGAGGAGAAACUGCCUCUGCAGUAGGUGAAAUACAGCCAGUGAGAUGUUUGCUUCUGUGCAAGGCAGUGGCUCCUGACUUCCAUCAGGUGUGGAGCUUAAUGGGAGCCAGGAGCUGGGAGCCCCUGCCUCUCUCCGAUGCCAUGCCUUGUGGACCUGCUCACCCCUGGUUCCCGAAUGUCGCCUUUGGGACCCGGUCCACAUGUUCCUGACCCCUGUUGUACCACACUGGCCAUUCUAGAACAUGGACACAAUGUUUGUGCGAGGAUUAAAGAGGAAAUGUUUUGAUGGUGAAGAAGAUAUUGAAGGGACUCUGGCUGGUAUUAAGGCUAUUCCUUCCUAUAACCUCCAGCGGCAGUCACUUUUAGAUAUGUCCUUGGUUAAACUUCAGCUGUGUCACAUGCUGGUGGAACCCAACCUUUGUCGUUCAGUGCUUAUAGCCAACACGGUACGGCAGAUCCAAGAGGAAAUGACUCAAGACGGGACUUGGCAGAUGAUAAACACACAGAGUACAGGGCAGGCAUCCCUGGAUCGUCUUGUUUCAACAGAUAUCCUCUGUCGUUCAUCUAGGGAUCAAGCUGAGGGAAAGCAUGUUCCAGCCUAUGGUACUUUCAGUAAAGACUUUGAGAGUGACCAGGCACAGGAUAGUUCAGAAACUAUGUCAACAGCCCCUUCAGUACAAGCACCGAGAAACCUGCAGAGCAACAUGUGGGAAAUGGAGAAUCCACAAGAAAAUAAAGGAAACUUUCAAAAAUCUUUAGAUCAAAUAUUUGAGACACUGGAGAAUAAAAGUCCUAAUUCUGUUGAAGAUCUGUUUUCAGAAGUUGACAAUUCCUAUUAUGAUCUUGAUACUAUGUUAACUGGCAUGAUGAGCAACACAAAAAUGGGACACUGUGAUAGUCUUGAUACAUUUUCUUCUCCAACAAAUACAGCUUCUAACUCUAAUUGCAAAUCUGAUCUUAAUGACCUUGAUCAUAUUGUGGAAAUCCUUGUUGAGUCCUGAACCUCCUUGUGUAGGAGGUAAACAUCUGUUAAUGGGAAGAAAAGACUUGAGAAAACAAUUUCCACCAUUUGUUCUAUCAAAUCUGCACAUCUAUUUUACAAAUAUCUAUAUAUUAUAUAGAUACAUGUAUUAAGAAGCACUUCAUAUUGCAAAAUAGUGUUAACUCUUAAAGUUAACCUGCAACUUGUAGUGUAAUAAUCUGAUUUAUCAACCACUGAACUGUAAGUAAAUACGGUAAAUGUUUCUACAUUGGGGGUCCAAGGCUCUUGCAAUUGGGUUCCUUUUACCAGUUUGUUUUAGCCUUUGAUGGAGGAUAUCCUCAGGGAGAGGGAUUCUCUGUCUUCUCCCAUAAAAAUGGUAAUGAACAAAGAGAGAAGUUGGAUAACUGGUUUCCUAUUUUCCUCCAGUUUCCACUUUGUUCCACCACAAAACUCCUACCAUAACUGCUGCUUCUAUUUUAAGUCGCUACAUGGCUCUUAAAGAGCAGUAUGCAAUAGUUCUCCUUAUCCUUGCUAGCUUCUUCUGGGUUUUGCUACAAUUUUUACUUCAAAAAUAGUUUUAAAGUGUUUAUUGGUGUUUAGAUUUUUCCAGGUAUUUUCCUAAAAUAUAUUUUUUACUACAGAUGUUAUGUCAGCUGCUAACUUAGUAACUUUUGAUCAUAUCUGCAGUUGAUGUAUUUUUUGCAAGAUUUUCAAAAAGGGAUGAUUUUUUUACCAUGAGCUACCCAAUGUAGUUCAGUAAAGUGUAUGUAAAUGUAAAUAUACAAUUUUAUACUUUGCAUUAAAAUGUAAGAGCUGUUUCCAUGAUUCUGUUUAAUAGAGUAGUACUUUACUAAAUUGAGAAUUGUACAUUUAUGCUUUUCAUACCCCACAUACUUGAGUAUCAUUAUAGGAAGAGCUUUGAUCUAGCUAGACACAAUUACAUUUAAUUCAUUUCAGACCAUGCUUUUUGUUAACUACAAACCUAAAUGAUGUAGGUUUUUAUUUAUGUGUAUUUAUAUGUAAAUGUCAUCAAGUGAAUUGUUUAUCAUUGAAGUCUACCAUCAAAUAUUUGUUUAUAUGGGAUAACUACCUUGCACUAAGUACUACAAAAAGUGUUAUUA